GCAGCUCUCCUGCUCGGCCCCGCUGCUGCUGCUGCCGUGCACGCCCAUUCAAUGUCUUGUUAGGAACAAGGAAGUUGUGCACCUGUCCUGCCUCUCUAUCUACAGUAGUACCAGCGACACUUUCAACAACUUCUGCGACAUCCACAAUCAGUGACCCAUGAUGGCAGACGCAGCUGAGGAGGAAAGAGCGCUGCCAGGUGAGGAUCAGCAGCUCAACUCUCCUUCCGGAGGUACGGAGCACACUCAGCCUGCUGCCCCCACAGAGGACACGGAGGAGCAGCCAGGUGAGGACCAGCAGCAGCCGCAGCAGCUCAGCUCUCCUCCCGGUGGUACGGAGGACGCUCAGCCUGCUGCCCCCAUAGAAGAGCAGCAGCAGCAGCUCAGCUCUCCUCCCGGUGGUACGAAGGACGCUCAGCCUGCUGCCCCCACAGAGGGCACGGAGGAGCGGGCAGCGGAGGUCGGAGCGGCCCGCCCCCAGCGCAGUGCCAUCUCUGUGGAGUCAUCUCUGGACCAGUUUAAGAUCAGGAAGUUCUUCGUUUUGAGGCCUGGCACUCUGAAUCAGGCCAUCAAAGACGUCGAAGCUCUGCUGGAUGAAGAAGUAGAUGGCAGCGUUCACAGCGUUUGGCUGUUGGCAGAGGUGGACCACUGGAACAAUGAAAAAGAGCGUCUCGCUUUCAUCACAGACAACUCUCUCCUGGUCUUCAAGUACGACUUCAUCAUGUUCAACUGUGAGCAGGUCCAGAGGAUCCCACUGAACAUUAUCGACCGCAUCUCCCAUGGCAAAUUCAUCUUCCCAAAGCACACCCUGCUUCAGAGAGGGGGGGAGGGGGUGCGAGUGUUCUGGGACCGGUUGAGAGAGCCCUCCUUUACCUCCAGGUGGAACCCCUUCGCCGUCGACUUCCCUUUCAACACCUUCACCGACCACCCUGUGAGGAACAUCAGUGACACAUUCGCUGCUCUCUGCGACAUCCAAAAGUUCCGUGAGGAGCUCAAGGAUGCAGCGCAGAAAGCCCACGCCAAGAAGCCAUUUCCUGGGAAGGCCAAUGGCGUCCUGGUCCUGAAUCACGAUAUACUCAUCGAGACUUACGUGGGCCUUAUGUCUUUCCUCGGGAACCAGAACAAACUGGGAUACUGCAUGGCUCGAGGAACCAUCGGCUUCUAACUCUUUUAUGUAAUAGUUUUGCGGUUGUUCAAAUCGUUUGUUAAGAUUUCCAAGUCUUGAAUUCAUGUUUGUUUACAGAGUUCAUUCAAAUUCUACAUGGAUUGACCAAAGGUGAUUCCAUAUCUCCCCCUCUGCUUGUUACCAGUGUGUGGUGUCUGAGCACUCAGAAAUAUCCACAUUUUAUCACCGCUCUUCACUUGUCUUGGGAGAAUGUCACAGACAAGAAAAUAUUGGCUUACGUAGUUUGUUCUCUUUUCCUUUGGGGGUGGUAUAAAAUAUGCAGAUUCCUAUGCUCUGUUUUUCUUUAGUGAAUUAUCAUACCCUAACCAUGUCCAUACUAAAUAUGAAUAUAUGCUGAGAGAUAAACCUAGUGGUGAGCCUUGUCCUGUUGUUGAACAACUGUGGUAGUCUGGUUUUCACCAAAAGUUCCAAGUUGCAAGUUAGCUAUGCAAUUACAGUACCCUGACACUAAUGAGUUAUGAUACAAAACAAAAAUGACAGUGCAGAUAUUUUUUUUGGAAUGAAUUACAGACCAAUCACAAUUUUUUUAUUAAUAUUUGUAUUACUUUUAAAAUGAAAUGGUAUCUUUUUGCUCAGCUAAAUUUAGGUAAUCGGUCAACUUUGAAGUUCAGCGGACGCUCCUUAAGGCAACAUGCCAGUGUUUUCAGUGUAAUGUGUGAAACCAAUCAUUAAAAAUUACGCUAUUAGAUUAUAAUUAUUUAUACUUGCUGUAGUAUCACCAUUAUUUCAAUAAAUCCAUAACUAAUAUUA